AAAAUUUCGCCAUGAGUCCACGACUCUGCCCAGCGGCGUUCUAGUUUGUCGCGGGGCUCCGAUAAGGCACACCGCUCCCGCUCGCCGCCCGAACCCGCCCGCCCCACCGCCCGCGCCCCUCGUGCUCGCCGCCACCGCCGCCGCCGGAUUGCGAGGCCAGGCUCUAGGGUUGGGAGGCGCCAGGGGUUAGGGUUUCGGCGGGAUGAGCUACCGGAGGGGGUCCAAGGUCUGGGUGGAGGAGAAGGGGGAGGGGUGGGUGGAGGCGGAGGUGGUGGAGGUGAAGGACCGCGCCGUCCUCGUGCUGACGAGCCAGCGGAAGAAGAUUACAGUUUUGCCUGAAAAAUUGCUACCUAGGAACACAGAUGAGGAUCUCGGUGGGGGGCAUGUCGAUGACAUGACCAAACUGACCUAUCUUAAUGAACCAGGUGUUCUGUACAAUUUGAAGAGAAGAUAUGCAUUGAAUGAGAUAUAUACAUACACUGGAAGCAUCUUGAUCGCCGUUAAUCCUUUCACAAGGCUACCUCACCUGUACAAUGAGUACAUGAUGGAGCAAUAUAAGGGUGUGCGAUUAGGGGAGUUGAGUCCACAUGUUUUUGCUGUAGCUGACGCAUCAUACAGGGCUAUGGUGAAUGAUUCUCGGAGCCAGUCAAUCUUAGUUAGUGGUGAAAGUGGUGCUGGGAAGACUGAAACAACAAAGCUUAUCAUGCAGUAUCUUACAUAUGUUGGUGGCAGAGCUGUUCUUGAUGAUCGAUCAGUUGAGCAACAGGUUCUCGAAUCUAACCCUCUAUUGGAGGCAUUUGGCAAUGCGAAAACAGUUAGGAAUGACAACUCAAGCCGGUUUGGAAAAUUUGUCGAGAUUCAGUUUGAUCGGAAUGGUAGAAUAUCUGGAGCUGCAAUUAGGACCUAUCUUCUGGAAAGAUCUCGUGUUGUGCAAAUUACAGACCCUGAAAGGAAUUUUCAUUGCUUUUAUCAACUAUGUGCUUCAGGGAAGGAUGCCGAGUUAUACAAGCUUGGGCACGCAAGCACUUUCCAUUACUUAAAUCAAAGCAAGACAUAUGAAUUGGAAGGGAUAAAUAACGAAGAUGAGUACUGGAAGACAAAAAGGGCGAUGGAUAUUGUUGGUAUCAGCACAAAAGAUCAGGAUGCUAUAUUUCGGACAUUGGCAGCCAUUCUCCAUCUUGGCAAUAUUGAGUUUUCUCCGGGAAAGGAACCUGAUUCGUCGAUAAUUAAGGAUUCAACAUCAAAUUUUCACCUCCAAAUGACAGCUAAGCUACUCAUGUGUGAUCCAGACGUGUUGGUUGCAUCUUUAUGUAGCCGGUCUAUACAUACUAAUGAAGGAAUAAUCAUAAAAGCAUUAGACUGUGCAGCAGCAGCAGCUAAUCGUGAUACUCUGGCAAAGACUGUAUAUGCGAAGUUAUUUGACUGGCUUGUUGAGAACAUUAACAAGUCAAUUGGGCAAGAUGUUGAUUCAAAAGCACAAAUUGGUGUUUUAGAUAUCUAUGGCUUUGAAAGCUUCAAAAACAACAGCUUUGAGCAAUUUUGCAUAAACUUUGCCAACGAAAAGCUUCAGCAACAUUUUAACGAGCAUGUAUUCAAGAUGGAACAGGAGGAGUACAAAAGCGAGAAAAUUAAUUGGAGCUACAUUGAAUUCAUUGAUAAUCAAGAUAUGUUGGAUUUGAUCGAAAAGAAACCUAUUGGCAUUAUCGCUCUGCUGGAUGAGGCUUGUAUGUUUCCAAAAUCUACUCAUGUAACCUUCGCAACAAAGAUGUUCAGAAACUUCUCUUCCCACCCAAGGCUCGAGAAGACCAAGUUCUCAGAAACAGAUUUUACUAUCUCUCACUAUGCUGGGAAGGUGACGUAUCAAACAGAUUCUUUCCUGGAGAAGAACCGGGAUUAUAUUGUUGCAGAGCACUGCAAUCUUUUAUCGUCUUCAAGAUGUCCAUUUGUUUCUGGACUUUUUACUUCUUUGCCGGAAGAGUCAUUAAGAUCAUCAUACAAAUUCUCAUCAGUGGCUUCUCGAUUUAAGCAACAACUUCAAGCCCUGAUGGAGACCUUGAGCUCGACAGAACCUCACUAUGUACGCUGUGUGAAGCCUAACUCUGUUAAUCGACCUCAGCUUUUUGAAAAUCAAAGCGUCUUGCACCAACUGCGUUGUGGAGGUGUUUUAGAGGCCGUUCGCAUUAGUCUUGCUGGCUAUCCUACCAGGAGGUCAUAUGCUGAAUUUGUCGAUCGGUUUGGUGUCCUGGUUCCUGAGUUGAUACUGGGAAGUUACGAUGAAAGGGCAUUGACAGAGGCAAUUCUUGAAAAGAUGAAGCUUGACAAUUUUCAACUUGGUAGAGCUAAGGUUUUUCUUAGAGCUGGUCAAAUUGCGAUAUUAGAUGUGCGUCGUGCUGAGGUUUUGGACAAUGCCGCACGUCAUAUUCAAGGUCGUUUCAGAACAUUUGUUGCUCGCAAAGAGUUUGUGAAAACGAAGAAGGCUUCAAUUUCAAUACAAGCAUUUUGUAGAGGCUGUUUAGCAAGAAAGAUGUAUAUGAUCAGAAGAGAAACAGCGGCUGCUAUAACAAUUCAGAAGUAUGUAAGAAGGUUGUUGUUACGACGAAAUUACCAGCAAGCAUGUUCAGCAUCUCUGCUUAUUCAAUCUUGUAUUCGAGGGUUUAUUGCUCGCCUCUAUUUCUCAGCCAUGAGAGAGCAGAAGGCUGCUUUAGUGAUACAGUCCUUAUGGCGAAAACGGAAGGCCGUCAUGCUUUUCCAGCAUUACAGGCAAGCCAGUAUAGCAAUUCAGUGUGCUUGGAGACAAAAACUUGCAAGAAGGGAGCUAAGGAAACUCAGAAUGGCUGCAAAUGAGGCUGGUGCACUACGGGAUGCAAAGAAUAAACUUGAGAAACAGUUGGAUGAUCUUACUUUAAGACUUACGCUGGAAAGGAGAAUGCGGGCUACUGGUGAGGAAACAAAGUUGGUGGAAAUAUCAAAGCGUGAAAAAAUAAUAGAAACAUUAAGUGCGGAAUGUGCCGAGGCUAAAUCAUCUGCCCGAAGUGAACAUGACAAAAAUCUGCUGCUCCAGAGGCAGCUAGAUGAUUCUUUGAGAGAGAUAGCUAUGUUGCGCAGUAACAAGAUUCUGAAAGCAGAAACAGAAAAGGAGAAUUCUAAUCUAAAGAACAUUGUCGAAUCACUAUCAAAGAAGAAUACGUUACUGGAAAAUGAACUAAGCACAGCUCGUAGAAGUAGUGAUGAUACAAUGGAGAAACUGAAAGAUGUGGAGGGAAAAUGUACCCACCUCCAGCAAAAUUUGGACAAACUACAGGAGAAACUUACGAACUUAGAAAAUGAAAACCAUGUUUUAAGGCAGAAGGCAUUUAACAUUUCUCCCAAGACAUUAUCUGAGAAAUUUUCUGCGUCAAUUGGUCUCGGCAACAGCGAGCAAAAGCGUAUAUUUGAAAGCCCAACGCCAGCAAAAUAUCUGUCUCCUAUUCCACAGAGUACUGGAUCGAGGAGAACAAGGUUGCCUGUUGAAAGGCAUGAGGGAAACCAUGAAAUCUUAUUAAGAUGCAUAAAGGAAAAUUUAGGGUUCAAGGAUGGCAAACCAGUUGCAGCAUGCAUCAUCUAUAAAUGCCUUCUACACUGGCGUGCUUUUGAAUCCGAAAGGACUGCUGUUUUUGAUCAUGUAAUUGAAGCCAUAAAUGAUGUUCUCAAGGCAAAGGAAUCUGAUGGUAGAUUGCCUUAUUGGUUGUCCAAUACCUCUGCACUGCUAUGCCUUCUACAGAAGAAUCUAAGGUCAAACGGAUUUUUUGGUACACCAUCUCGCCGCUCUGCUGGACCUUUAGGGCUUGGUGGGAAGAUGGCCCAACUUGUAGGGCGCGGUGAUACUCUGGCACAAGUGGAUGCUCGGUACCCAGCCAUACUAUUCAAACAGCAGCUAACUGCAUGUGUUGAAAAGAUCUUUGGGCAGCUCAGAGAUAAUCUCAAAAAGGAAAUAUCACCUCUUCUUAGCGUGUGCAUUCAGGCUCCAAAAGCAACACGUGCACAAACUGGAAAAGCUUCCAAAUCGCCAGGGGUUGGCGCUCAACCGCCCCCAAACUCCCAUUGGGACAACAUUGUCAAAUUUCUAAACUUGCUUAUGGAUACUUUACGUGAAAAUUAUGUACCAUCCUUCUUUAUACGUAAACUUAUCACUCAGCUAUUCUCUUUCAUCAAUAUACAACUUUUCAACAGUCUUCUUCUUCGGCGUGAAUGUUGCACAUUCACCAAUGGGGAAUAUGUGAAAGCUGGGCUAUCAUUGCUGGAGAAAUGGAUUACUGAUGUCACAGAGGAGUUUGCAGGAACAUCUUGGCAUGAGCUUAAUUAUAUCAGACAAGCUGUUGGAUUUUUGGUUAUACACCAAAAACGGAAGAAGACACUUGAGGAGAUCAGCCAAGAUCUCUGCCCGUCCUUGAGUGUUAGGCAAAUCUACAGGAUAUGCUCAAUGUACUGGGAUGACAAAUACAAUACCCAGGGAAUAUCAAACGAGGUUGUUGGUGCAAUGAGAGAGAUGGUCAACAAAGAUUCUCAGAACCUCGUAUCAAAUUCCUUUUUGUUGGAUGAUGACUUAAGUAUACCAUUUUCAACCGAGGAUUUAUCCAUGGCCAUCCCUGCAAUAGAGUAUGCAGGUGUGGAGCUUCCUGAAUCUCUUCAUCAAUAUCCAUCAGCACAGUUUCUACUGGAGGCAUCAUGAUCCACAUCCUGUCUAAUACUAGAAAGGUGCAAUUAGCGUUUCUAUGAAGAUUCGUUGAUCCCCAGAUUUUACGGGGUCACACCCACCCUUCAGCGAUCUUUUAUUGUUUGUUAGGUUUAUAGAACAGAAUUGAUUCCGGAUUGAAGGGGGAAAGUGAUAGGGUAGCCUGUGUUCCAGAGCAACAAUUGUUGCUACAGCCGUGGGUAUCCACCUGACCUGGCUACGCAGUGAUGUACAAAGAAUACUGUAGAAAGUGCAAGGCAGUUGCCCAAAAUUGAUUACUUAUGUGGCAAAACUCUAUUUGGUGCAAAACAUGUUCUGCACUCGUGACCAGAUGGGUUGAUGGUAAUUGGUAAACGCAAAA